AUGGAUGAUAUUGAUAGUGUUGAUGACAUGGGAUGGGUCUUCAUUUCUGACAGACAGAAGGGGUUAGUAGCAACAUUUGAGGAAAUAAUGCCAAAUGUGGAACAUAGAUUAUGUAUGAGGCAUAUUUACUCCAAUUUCAGAGCAAAGUUCAAAGGGAUUGAAUUGAGGGAGCUAUUGUGGAAGGCACCUGCAGCUGGGACUGUGAGGGAAUUUGAAUUUCACAUGAACAAGUUGAAGGAGAUGGAUCCAGAAGAGAAAGCAUACAAUUGGCUAAGGAAAAUAGAUCCUACUUUAUGGACUAGGUCCCAUUUUAGCCCAAGAAGUAGGUGUGAUACAUUGGUCAACAACAUGUGUGAGUUAUUCAAUAACAACAUCUUGGAAGUUAGGGACAAACCCAUAAUCAGCAUGCUUGAAUGGAUUAGAAGGAGGGUAAUGCACAGGAUCCAAAUCAAGAAGGAAAGGAUGGAAAAAUACACUGUUGAAAUUUGUCCCAACAUUGUCAAAGAUUUAGACGCACUGAAAGUGCAAUCUAGGAAUGGUUUUGCAACCUAUUGUGGUGACAGAAAAUUUGAAGUAGAUUGUGGUGAUACCAUACACAUUGUUGAUUUGGAGGAAAGGAAAUGUAGUUGUAGGAUGUGGGAUUUGACUGGAAUACCUUGUAAACGUGCAGUAAGUUCCAUAUUUGUUCAAAGAGAGAAGCCAGAGGACUAUGUGCACCCUUAUUACAGUAAGCAACAUUAUCUUGUAGCCUACAACUUAAUGAUGCACCCUGUUCCAGGCCAGCAUGAUUGGGUUGAAACAGGACUGCCAGCAGUGGCUCCUCCAUUGUGUAGAAAGCAGCCUUGGAGACCACCAAAAAUGAGAAAGAAGGGUAUAGAUGAGCCAAUAAACCCUGUCAGAGUUUCAAGGCAGCAUAGGUUUAUUGUUUGUGCUAGAUGUCUUCAGAAAGGUCACAACCAGAGAUCUUGUAAAGGUCUUGUCCAUCCCAAGUCUAAGCUUUUUAAGCCAACAAGAAGUAGCCAGCAACAACCAUUUUUAGCAGCAACAGCAACAACAAUUGCUUCAUCAACACCAGCAACAGCAACAGCAACAACAUAUCAAGUAACCUGA